AUGACCUUAACAGAAUCCUCUGUUACAAAUUGGAUUAAUGGUUCUUUUCUGGGCCCUAUUUCAAAAAUCAUCAAAGAAAUUGAACCAACUUUAGAAAAGAAGAUUCAAUGCUCUGACAAUACCAACAAAAUUUUACCUUUAAUGGAGAGAGAAAAUCAAAUUAAUGAAAUAAUAACGAUGGUCAGGGGAAAUUUGAGAAUGCUUGAAACUAGGUUCUGGUCUCCAGCAAGAUAUGGAAGGAUGGACUUGAAUAUACCUGCUUUAAUCGGAGGAAAAGGAAUUGGAAAGACUACACUUGCAAACGAAUGUGCAAGAAGACUCUCUGAAUCAUGGACAACCAUCUUACCCAAUUCGACCUUCUUUUCCUUAUCGUUGGACUUUAAAAAUGAAUAUGCCAUUACAACAGAUGACCUUGAAUUAAAUCACGGAACGAUCAUUGGUAUUCGAUUUGCACACUGUUAUUAUUUUAAAUCAAAGGGCUAUUCUUAUGACUUUUUGACAUUCUACAAUUUGUUAAAAGCAAAGAGCCUACUUCAAUACUUUUAUAUCGAUCAAGUGAUAUUUCAGAUCAAACACGAAAUUGGAUCAGAUAUUUUUUUCUUGUUACAUCUUGAUGAAAUUCAAUGUCUUUUGGAGUAUGAAGAUCAAUACAAGUUGAAAGAUAUCUACCCAGGAGGUUUAUCAAAAAAUCUUUUUCAAUCGAUAUACACAUACUUUUCAAGUUUAUGCGGUGUAGUAAUCCAGCCAAUAGUUUCUGGUACAUCAAGAAUAGAAUUGCUUAUAAGAGUAAAGGAUCCAACAAAUCAAUCCUUUGGAUUUGUACAAGUUGAUUUAUUGUCUCCACAAGCUGUAUUUGAUUGGAUAAAUACGUAUUCAAAUCUCAACAAGGAUUGGAUGACAAACAGAUUUAUACUCCAAAUGUUACAAGACUUGGGAGGAUUACCGUUAGCAAUUGUUUUCUUUUUAGAAUACAUCUUUAGUAGUGAUUUUAGUAAACAAAAAGAUUUUUUUUUAAAUCAAUAUCAAUCAUUUGGAUACUCUCAGGCAUUCAAUCAUAUUGCCAAAAAAAUUGAUGAACAUUUGGGAAUUGGAGAAUUACUUCUAGAUAACAAAGAGGUAUUCACAAAGUUGUUGGGUUACUCGAUUCGAGGUACUUUAAUUUCAGUGAACCAGCAACAGGAUAUGUUUUACAAUCUUGAAUCAAAGGGACAAACUUUUUUGGAGAAAAGGGGAGGGUUAGAUGAAAUAAAUACAAUGAGAUUGGAAAAUAGUGAUUUAGAAUAA